GCCAAUACUUGUGAAGUGAAAGUUCGUGCUUAUCGCAUCACGAAUUUUAUUAGCCCGAUUUUGCUUCGUUAUCAGCAACAGAAACCUUCAGUGCUUGUUUAUAAUGUACGGAAAUCGCCCACAAAUUGGAAGCGGUGGAUACAGCCGUGGUGGAAUGCAGGGUGGCCGUCCAGGUGGUCCGAUGGGUGGUGGAUUCCGUCGUGAGGGUGGAGCUGCUGGAUACGGUGGAGGCAACGGGGGAUCGUUCGACCGUCAGUCCCAGAAUGGCAAGAACCUUCGAACACUGAAAUGGGAACCGGAGGAUCUUACGCCGUUCGAGAAGAAUUUUUACCAACCCUCCGCUGCGCUUGUAGGCAUGGCCACGUCGGAGAUUGAAGGUUAUUUGAACAAGCACCAGGUCACCCUGAAGGGUCGUGAGGUGCCGCGUCCCAGCAUAGAUUUUGAGGACGGCGGUCUACCGGUCUACAUCAUGGAAGAACUGAAGCGACAAGGCUUCAGCAAGCCCACGGCCAUCCAGGCCCAGGGCAUGCCGAUUGCAUUGAGUGGCCGCGACAUGGUGGGAAUUGCUCAAACCGGCUCGGGCAAAACGCUAGCGUACGUUGUGCCGUCGCUGGUGCACAUUCAGCACCAGACGAGCAUUCGGCGAGGCGAUGGACCGAUCGCGCUUAUUCUCGCACCCACUCGCGAGCUGGCUCAGCAGAUCCAGCAAGUGGCGACCGACUUUGGUUCGCGCGUCAGUGCGAACAAUACUUGCGUUUUUGGUGGUGCCCCGAAGGGACCACAAAUUCGGGAUCUCGAGCGAGGUGCCGAAAUUGUGAUUGCCACCCCAGGACGAUUGAUUGAUUUUCUCGAGCGUGGUAUUACUAAUCUGCGCCGCUGCACCUAUUUGGUGCUUGACGAAGCGGAUCGUAUGCUAGACAUGGGAUUCGAGCCGCAGAUUCGCAAGAUUAUGGGGCAGAUCCGUCCCGAUCGGCAGGUGCUGAUGUGGUCCGCCACCUGGCCGAAGGAGGUGCGCAAUCUGGCCGAGGAGUUUUUGACCGACUACAUACAGAUUAAUAUCGGCUCGCUGAACCUGUCGGCAAACCACAACAUCCUGCAGAUUGUGGAUGUGUGCGAGGACUACGAAAAGGAUCAGAAGUUGAUGAAGCUUCUGACUGAGAUUUCAGCGGAGCCCGACACCAAGACAAUCAUCUUCGUGGAAACGAAGCGUCGCGUGGACGACAUUACACGCGUUGUGAACCGCAACGGAUGGCGUGCGGUGGCCAUUCAUGGGGACAAAUCGCAACAGGAACGGGAUUACGUGCUUAGCACCUUCCGCAACGGGCGCCAGGGUAUCCUGGUGGCCACGGACGUUGCUGCGCGAGGCUUGGAUGUGGAAGACGUAAAGUUCGUAAUCAAUUACGACUAUCCGUCGAAUUCGGAAGAUUACGUGCACCGGAUUGGCCGAACGGGACGUUCGAAUAAUACCGGCACCGCCUACACUCUGUUCACCAACUCAAACGCCAACAAAGCUAACGACCUGAUCAACGUGUUGCGCGAAGCAAAUCAGGUUAUUAAUCCCCGUCUCGUUGAGCUUGCCAAGCCGAACAUGGGCAAGGGUCGCCAGCGGUACAAUAACAAUCGCUUCGGUGGACAGCAAAACCGUCCUCCCCGGGAUGGUCCGUAUGGCGGCGGACCCCGGCAUGACGGUGGGGGACGAUUCGGAGGCCAGCGUGCUGACGGCGGUGCACCUAAGUAUGGCAGCAUGAACCGGGUCGAGGGUGGUGACAAGUACGGUCCUCCACGCGGCGGUGCCGACAACCGUGGAAUGGCGGCGAUGUACGGCGCAGGCAUGCCGCCCCAGUCGCUUGGUGGCAUGGCGGUCGCUAUGGGUGGAGCAAAACCACCUGGCAUGAAUGGAGCGGCGGGUGCGGCUGGUGGUGUCGGCCAGAGACAGAGUCGCUUCUCUGCACCCGUAACCCCGGCAUCGGUAGCUGCUGCCGCUGCGGCGGCUGCAUUUGUCUCCAGCUAUCACCAGCAAGGCAAGUAUGCGGGUGGGGCUGCCGGUCUAGUGGGAGCGCACCCGUCCGCCGGAGGUCCUGCUGCGGCUGCGUACGGAGCGGCCGCUUCCUCCUACAAACCACCGUCGGCAGGCAGUGAAGCCGCCCAUCUGUACGGUAGUAGCGCCGGCUAUACGGCCGCGAGAUCGCAACCAGGCAGUGGAAUCCCUACGUCGUCGGCAGCGGCAGCAGCUGUCGCGGCCGCCGCAUACCAGUAUGCGGCGAACGGAGCCACCCCUGCUUUCGCGUACCCUCCACCGCAAGUUGUGCUCAACUAAGCUCACAGCGUCGUACACACCCAGCCGCCCCUUCCAUGUUCGUAGCUAACAGCUUCAUUUAGACAUUUCAUUUUAUAUUAUUGAUUCACAUCUAUCCACUAUGAAAGGCUCGUUUCACAUUAUAAACAUUAGAAUUACUAAAACAUUCGAUCUUCAAUUCGAACUAACAAACUUCUUAUGACGUAGGUUGUCUUUUAGCCGCUGCGUGUUUUAUUUUAAGAUGCGUUUAAUUUAGAGAUCCACCAAAACAGGUAACGACCGUGGCACGCGUGCCUCGGCGGGACAGCAUUCUAGCAUUAGAACAGCGAUGCAGCCUGGAUAUGGAUCACAUCCACUGGCGCAUGCAAAUCGCCUGUCUAAAUAAGUGCACCAUGGAUUCAAAUAUGCGUGAUAUAUUUUGUUUUGUUUUUCUUCUACACAUGAUUGAUGUAAGAGUAUUCCUUUAUUUAUAACUCCCGGUUCGUAUGCGAAUGGAAAACAGAGGGUAGUUUAGAUUGGAAGUGGGAUGUUAGAUGUGCAGGCUUUAUUUAGAAAACGUUUGAAGGCGCAAAGCUUUCGAAAUGUUCCGUUGGUCUCGUGUAACAAACUAUUCCUCCUUCCACCAUCCCCUUUUCUGACAAAUAAUGCGAAUCGUCUGACGCCAGGAUGAGUUAUUAGGCACAAUUCCCGUAGGCUUAUUUUAUGGAGAAUUUAAAUGAUCUAUGGGGCGGCGCACCCAAUAAAUUAGUUAUACUUUAUUAAAAAGUUUAUUACAACAGAAUAACUGCUCAAUGGUUCGUAGACAGAAAAUCGAACAGUAAAGCAACAAAUGUGAAGAUAAGAACAAAAAAAUCAUUUGUGCGUUUCACCACCCUCCCACGAUUCUGAUUUGAAAUACUGUCUAGUUUAAGACACAAAGCAGAAUAGCUUAUCAAAUUCCACAAUUUAACAAAACAAAAAUUUAUAUAAACAGAUUUAAGAAUUGCGCAUGGGCGAUUUUAAAAGUGUAUAUAAGAAAAAGUAUGUCACCAGUAAAUUUUCUCUUUGCAGGUACUAACAAAUGAAUUGAAAAGAACCGAUAAAAAGCUGAUCCAAGAAAUAGAGCGUAGGAAAUUAUUCAAUAUACAGAAUACGUAGAGAUGUUUUACUAUCUGUAUGUUUCAUAUUAAGAGACUUUUAGAAAAAGAAAAGAAAACGAUAAAAAUGUAAAGCACAGUGUUAAACCCAACCACUAUGUGCAUGUCUUGAAUUCAUUAUUGGUGAUGUAUAGAACUCAUACAAACCAAGUAAAACAAAACGGAAACGGCUAAUGUGUAUAGAGUGUUUAAAAUGUGUAUCUCUCGUACAAUUUAUGGGUCAGUGUUUGAGCGCAAAGAAAGAACGCUCCGAAUUUCGUUUUCAUUUUGAACAAAAAAUAAAAAAAACCUAAUUAAAAUUACUGUGAAUUUUUCUAGUAAUCCAUAGAGAAUAACAAGCGUAAUUCAAACAAAAUAGAUUAGAAUAUUGGAUUCUCUCGCAUUGUCAAACUAAAUGAAACUAGAGCUCCUUCACCUUACACUAGAUGUGUAUGUACUUGAUUGUACCGUGGACCAAUUUUCCUGAAUCAUUUGGGGACUUUGGACCGGAGUGUGGUUCGUUUUAGCCUGCAAUAAAAGGGUGUUUAAUUUGAGCAAAA